ACAACACUGACAAAAAACUAAUCGAUAAAUAUAAUAGAAAUAAACUAAGCUCCUGUGUUAAAAGAAGAAGAUCCUACUAUCAUAUUAAUUAUUGAAUUAUUGAAUUAUUCAAUUCAAACCCCCACAUCCAACUUCACUUAACAUUAAUAUAUUACAGAACAACGUGGUCUAGCUUCAUCUUACUAUUUCCCACUUCCCCGUUUCCUGGAUCUUUCCCUUUUCCUCUACUUUUUUCCAUUUGGGUUCCAUUUUCUUGAGAAAGUUUCCAGCUUUCUAAGUAAGAAAGUUCAAAACUUUGAGAGUGUGAGAGUUGAUGGUUUCUUUUGUUGAUACGAAGAAUGGAGGUGGUGAUACAGCAACAAAGGUCCUUGGCCGAGACACCAACUUAUUCAGUGGCUUCGGUUGUUACGGUUAUGGUGUUUGUGUGCCUUCUGGUUGAAAGGUCAAUCUACAGAUUUGGAAGGUGGUUAAAGAAGACUAGGAGGAAAGCUCUAUUUGCUUCUCUGGAGAAAAUUAAGGAAGAGCUGAUGCUGCUCGGGCUAAUAUCUUUGUUGUUGGCGCAAUCAGCAAGGUGGAUCUCUGAGAUUUGUGUAAAUUCUUCUCUUUUCACCAGUCAAUUUUAUAUCUGUUCUGAGAGAGAUUACAGCACCAAGGAGAAUGCCAUGCUAGAAAGUUCUUCUCCUAACAAGACUGAAAUUCCAAGAGGAUUAAUUAACUCUUCUCAUCAAUGUGGUGAGGGCCAUGAACCGUUUGUUUCAUAUGAGGGACUGGAGCAGCUGCAUCGUUUCUUGUUUGUACUUGGGAUCACCCAUGUGUUGUAUAGUUGUUUGGCUGUUGCCUUGGCUAUGAGUAAGAUUUACAGUUGGAGGAAAUGGGAAAAUCUAGAUGGUCCAGUGGCUGAUGCCAAUUUGCAAGCAAAGAAAAACAAAGUCAUGACGCGGCAAUCCACCUUUAUUUUUCAUCACACAUCUCAUCCAUGGAGCAGGAAUCGGCUUCUGAUUUGGAUGCUCUGCUUUCUACGACAAUUUAAGAGUUCCAUACAGAGAUCUGAUUACUUGGCUCUGCGUUUGGGCUUCAUCAGUAAGCACAAACUUCCACUUUCUUAUAAUUUUCAUAAAUAUAUGGUCCGGAGUAUGGAAGAUGAAUUUCAGGGCAUUCUGGGUAUUAGCUGGCCACUUUGGGGAUAUGCCAUAGUGUGCAUUUUCGUAAAUAUUCAUGGUUUGAAUAUUUACUUUUGGCUUUCUUUCAUCCCUGCCAUUCUUGUCAUGCUGGUUGGAACAAAGCUCCAGCAUGUUGUCUCUUCCUUAGCACUUGAAAUUGUGGAACAAACAGGGCCAGCUACUGGGACUCAAGUAAAGCCACGUGAUGAUUUGUUUUGGUUUGGGAAACCGGUGAUACUACUGAGGUUGAUACAGUUCAUCAUAUUUCAGAAUGCAUUUGAGAUGGCAACAUUUCUCUGGUCCUUGUGGGGACUUAAGGAGAGAUCAUGCUUCAUGAAAAACCACUUAAUGAUAGUUAUCCGGUUGACCUCUGGUGUUCUUGUUCAGUUCUGGUGUAGCUACAGCACAGUGCCUCUGAACGUAAUUGUCACACAGAUGGGAUCACGGUGCAAGAAAGCUCUGGUUGCUGAGAGUGUCAGAGAUUCACUCCAUAGCUGGUGCAAGAGAGUAAAGGAGAGGUCUAGACGCGAUUCUGUGCAUUCGCAUGCUACAAGGUCAGUUUGUUCACUUGAUACGACAAUUGAUGAGAGAGAUGAAAUAACAGUUGCAUCUGGCACUUUGUCUCGGAGCUCUUCCUUGGAUUCACUCCAUCAAGUAACUGUAGCGUCAGUGGAACAUCCUGAAGCUGUUCUUGAGCCGUCUGAACCACCUCAACAUGAAUACUCAUUCCGAGUGGAAGAGUAUUUAUCUGAAUCGGUAAGAAUUAGUGCAUCACAACCUCCAACCAUCAGUGACGAAGAUGAUGAAGGCAAUGGAAUGGAAGAAAAGGUGGAUACUCUUUUAGAGUUGUUUCAGAAAACAUGAGUUCUUGGCUUCUCAAGCAAGAAUUCAAAGUAUUGUUUGACAACUUAGCCAGUUGAGGCUUCUCUUUUGGCAUGGUUAAAUAGAAGAUAUCUCAGAUAAUUAAGUAGAUUAUAAUGCAGCUGAGUUCAAUGUACCACUUAAAGUUCAUGUUUGGAAUAGUGGCUGAACACUGGAUGUAUAUCCUGUUAAGCAAUGCUCAAACUCAUUUCCUUCCGC